GUGUUUAUUUUGUUUUAAAUGCAUGGCGAGCAUGUCUAGGCUCGAUUAGUUAGGUUAUCAGUUCGUUUUACUUUGAAAAUGUCAUUUUACAGUGAUACACUUAACACAUUUGAAUUCCUUACCAAGAAGCCGGAAAACUUUUUGAGUGUCCAAAAUGACCUGGCUGGCGAUGUCAAGAAGCUCUUGAAGCGCCUCUACGACCACACGAAGGACGCGGAAGGUUCGCCCUCGGCGAGCGCCCUGCCCGAGCUGAUCAUCGAUGCGUUCGACGAGGAGCAGAUCUGGCAGGAGCUGGAGCUGCAGAACGAGGAGAGGAGCGACGCGCUGGUCAGAGACGUGGCGCUGCUGGUGGCCGGCAGGAGGAGUCUGUCCUUCGAGCCUGGCCGCGACGGCCGCGAGUCGAGCGACGACGACGACGACGACGGCGGCGGCGCAGGGACGGGCGACGGCGAAUCUGAGGACGCCCGGGUGCCGCAAGACUCCCGGAAAUCUGACAGGAAAAGAAAGCCCAGUAAGAUAACUAGAAAAGGAAAGCCGUCUGUCGUGGACGAUCGCUUCUUCAAGUUGAAUGAAUUGAGCAACUUCCUGGACCGGCAAGAUCGAAUAGCUGAGUUAGAAACCAAAAAGGAACGCGUCUCGAGAGUGGAGAGCAGCGAAAGCGACACAGAUGACGAGUCAAUUGACUACUUUCAAGAUGUUCCAUCGGAAGAUGAUGACGAGGAAGAAGAAGAUUUGUGGUACGGAGAUUUUUUUGAUGCUCCUGAGGAUGCAGAGAGUGAUGGAAGUGAUGCGGGCGGUCGCAAGAGUGACGAGGUUCACUCCAGUAUGGAGAAUAACCUAGAAGAGGAAGCAGACGAGAGUGUGGAUGAUGAGAGAAGUGAUGAGGAUGAACCCAAAAAGAGAGUUAGGUUUGAGAGCGCCCAGUCCGCCGAUGCGGGGCAGAGCGAUGGGGACGGCAGCGACGGUGCGUCGUCGGGGGCGCCCGAGGCGAGGUCCAGCUUCGAGUCCCGGCAGGAGCGCCUGCGGUCGCGGAUCCGCGAGCUGGAGGCGAAGGCGCUCGCCGAGAAGCCCUGGCAGCUGAAGGGGGAGGUGUCGGCCGUGACCCGGCCCGUAAACUCCCUCCUGGAGGAGGCGCUGGAGUUCGACCUGACCACGCGGCCAGCACCUAUUAUAACAGAGGAAACAACAUUAAAACUCGAAGACGUGAUCCGGCAGAGGAUCAAAGACAAGUCUUGGGACGACGUGGAAAGGAAAGUCAAGCCUGUCGAAUCACCGUUUGAAUUCAAGAAGAAGUUGGUUUUGAACCAGGAGAAAAGCAAGCUGAGUUUAGCUGAAGUCUAUGAGCAGGAGUUCAUCAAGCAGCGGGAGUCUGUCAAUCCGGAGGCGGAAGAGAAACCGGAGGAAGAGCCAGAGUCACACAAAGAAAUUAAAAAAAUGAUGUCGGCUUUGUUUGUAAAGCUUGAUGCUUUGUCCAACUUCCACUACACGCCAAAACCCGUUCCCCCAGACGUGCAGGUAGUAAGCAACCUCCCUGCGGUGACCAUAGAGGAAGUAGCCCCUGUGGGAGUGAGCGAUGCAGCCCUCCUCGCACCAGAAGAGGUUAAAGCGAAGAGGAAAGGGGAGCUGGUGGCCAAGGAGGAGCGGACGGAGACGGACAAGAAGCGGGAGCGCCGGCGGAAGAAGACCAGGCAGCGUGAGCGCCGCCUGGAGACGGAGAAGAGGAAGAAGGCGGUGGAGAAGCUACGGCCGGGGCUCGGCAACAAGUACAGCAAGCAGAAGGCCUUGCGGGCGCUCGAGAAGGCCUCCAAAGACAAGAACGUCUCUGUGCUUGAAGAGAAGACAAAAACAGUCAAAUCAUCGAAAGCAUUUUUCACCCAGCUGCAGGAGGAAGUUGUCAGUCAUAUUAAAUCCAAGCUCAAAGGUACCAGGAAGAACAACAACAAUGAAAGCAAUUUAUCUGCAAAAAAAAUAAAACUGUAACACAUCAAAUAUUUUUUAUCAACACACAUUUCCUUAUAUCAUAGAUUGGAACUGAUGAACAGAAUGAAACAAUAUUAAUCAGUUUUUGAAUAGACUAAAAAAAGUGUGGAAGUAGUUGAAAACUCGAGUGGUUAUGCAUUUUUUACUUUUAUGUACAUGGAAUUUAGAAUUUCUGCAAAAAGAGAAAUGUUUGUACAAUUCAAGCCAAAAACCAACAACAGUAUCAAAUAAAACCAAUGAUAUUUUUCUUUUCUCUUUGCAAAGUAUAUGAGAGAACCUGUCAUAAAAUUAUGUAUCACAAAACAAAAUUGGCACUCUUUCAAAUUCAUCUAAAUACCUUUUAUUUUUCCAAACAAUUGCUGCCGUUUAUGUUUUGGUGUGUCCUUGUUAAGAGUUAAUUUACACGAUAACAUUUUAUUGAAUUCAAUUUGUAUUUUUAAGGACACAUUUAAUUGCACUUCAAAGAUUAUAUUCAAUGAAAUUCUUUAUAUUAUUAUUAUUAUUAUUAUUAUUUUUUGUUUUUGUUUUGUCAACUACCUUCAUUGUCAAUGUUCGAUCGAUGGUGUAUCCAAGGGGUGCCAUAAGGGUCUGAAGCCCUUAACAGUAGCUCACACCUUUCGAACUACUGUAUUCACGACUGUUAUCGAAUACUAAUACCAUGUCCUUAAAAAAUCUUCAACAUCACUGUGCCAUAACUGCAACUGUAUUUAUAACUGAUACCCUGGUUGUGUAAAUGAUGAUGUGGUUUAGGGAGACAGUUGGUACAUGUCAUGUACAUUUUACAUCUCUAUAAGUAAAUUUUCAUUGUGAUUCCUUUGUAGAUAUAUUUAUCUAAUCAAUUUUUUUUUUCUCUGUUUGGUGGAGUUAUAUCAUGUGAUGGAAUGAUGUUUAUCUCAAUGCCUUAGGUGAAUAAAGCUACUGAAAGGUAAAAAGGAAUCAAUAGUGCAUUUGUGAAAAUGAUGAUAUUUUAAAAAAAUUGUAUGCAAUCAAAACUUCAAUGUAAAUGGUCCAUGAUGAAAUAGUUGAGUAGGUAUUAAAAGUUCAUAGCCCCAGGUGGAAGAGCUGGAGGUACCUAUAACCACUUCAGAUGCUGCAGUGGAUCCCGGACUUGGACUUUGUGUUAUUACAUUGCCAAUUGUUGAGAGGUGAGCAAUUAGGUGAGUACAGUCAAACCUUGAUUUUAGAAAUCCGAAGGGACCAUGAUUUUGUUUCUUUUCAAUAUCAAGGU